AUGGCUUCCGAGACCCCCAAGCUGCCCAUCAGGAUCUCCAAGGUCACUGACAGAUACCUACUGUUCGACAUCGACGAUGUGAUGUACCUGCGUCGAAACCACAACAUAUGCUCGCCCUUCGUCGGAACAAUGCCCCAGGCGCCUUCGCAGAGUGUGUUCAUGAGCUUGCCAAUAGAACUAAUGGCCGAAGAAGCAACGGUUCUCGUAGAAAAGGGCGUAGCAUAUAUCGCUGAUGACUCGGUGUUCCACCCGUCACGGAUAGUAUCGCCCGAUGCAGCCUCUCGCAACGCCUACUUGCAGGACCUAAGAAGGGACGGCACGAGAGCUGCUGCAGCUGCGCGUGAGCUUGCGGAGUACAAGAAAGCAAAUGCUGCCAGCAAGGGGAAGGGUAAGAAAAAGGACAAGAAGCUGGACUCCGGUUCUGCAAUCGAUAAGGAUGGUCCAGUGUCCGAAGAGAUCAGUUUGUUCGACUCAUCUAGUACGAGAGAGACUAAACCCAAGGCUGAACCUCGCGCUCCUGACGUGUGGGCUGUCACACCUGCAACCAGUGGUGCUCUUCUGACCCCACCACCCGAAGAGGACACUUCCGCGCUCCUAGAUGUUCCUGCUGGCUAUCCGCUCUAUGCUCACCUACAUGAGAACGGGUACUUCAUGAUGCCGGGGCUUCGCUUUGGCUGUGACUACAACGUUUACCCUGGCGAUCCGCUGCGAUUUCACAGUCACUUCCAGGCGACGCAUUACGCUUGGAAUGAGGAGAUUAGUCUGCUAGACCUCGUGACAGGUGGACGGUUGGGCACAAACGUCAAGAAGUCGUACUUGAUAGGCGGAGCGAUUCGAAGUGGCAAUGACAAAGAGGAGGAAGCUGAUGAGAAGGAAUCACAUGUCAAAAACAAGGCCAGUUCCAAGACGCCCGUCAGGGCGUUUAGCAUAGAGUGGGCUGCCAUGUAG